CAGCACAGCAAAGCUGUCACACGGGGCUGGAGGAAAGAGGAGCCACAAACACAGCUGCUCUUGGRCAAACAGCCUCCAGCUCAGCUCCCAGUCACCGUCCUGCUGUGGGCCCGGCCCCGGCAGAGGCUGCGCCAUGGCCGAGGGGGAAAUCACCACCUUCACCGCCCUGACGGAGAAAUUCAACCUUCCCCCGGGCAACUACAAGAAACCYAAACUGCUGUACUGCAGCAACGGGGGGCACUUCCUGCGCAUCCUCCCGGACGGCACCGUGGAUGGCACCAGGGACCGCAGCGACGAGCACAUCCAGCUGCAGCUGAGUGCAGAGAGCGUGGGGGUGGUKCACAUCAGGAGCACGCAGUCGGGGCAGUACCUGGCCAUGGACCCCAACGGGCUGCUCUACGGCUCGCAGUUACUGGGUGAGGAGUGUCUGUUCCUGGAGAGGCUCGAAGAGAACCAUUACAACACCUACGUGUCCAAAAUGCACGCCGACAAGAACUGGUUUGUGGGGCUGAAGAAGAACGGCAACAGCAAGCUGGGCCCGCGGACUCACUACGGCCAGAAGGCGAUCCUGUUCCUGCCGCUGCCUGUCUCGGCCGACUGAGCCAGCCCAGGAGCUCCCAGACCACCCCAAAACCCAAAACCCAACUGCUGCUGCCUCCUUAGAGCUCCUCAGAGCUCCAGCCUUUAGGUCCAGGCUUUGCCCAAUCUAGCCAAAGCAGAGCCUCUUCGCUCUGCACGAAGCUUUGCAGAGAUGAGGGGAUGAGCCCUGACAGCUCCCCAAGGUCCAU